CAUCUUCUGCGUUUUCAGCUUUCCAAGAAAUAAAAUGCUGCCUGUUCGUUCGGUUGCCAAUCUGGCCAUUCGCAAUGCUGCGUUCCUGUCUCGAGGAUAUCAUGCACCCAGUAAUUUUCGCGUUUAUACAAUGAACGACCAGCCUGUCCCAGAGGGUGAUUUCUUCGAAGAACACCGACGCAAGAAUCGAGUGUACAACACCGUACUCGCCGCCGGGAUUGUUAUUUUUGGAAUUACUUUAACCGUGGCAAAGGAGAGCGGAUUAAUCUACCUGAACUACAGUCCUCCGAAGAGCCUGGAUUAAAUGAGCAUCUGGAGAAUGUCGUCACACUAGUGACAUGUUAGCUGAUCCGUGGAAAUAAAUCAAUAUAAAUGAUAUAGCCAUAAA